AUUUAUAACAAGCUCUACGGGUUCAGUUGUACUAGACAACAGCAUUUCGGGACUGUACGUUUCCAGGACGGACACUUGGACGCUUGAGAAAUAAGGGAAGUUAAUGCGCGCACGUUCAAGCACCACAAGAACUAGCUAGGUUUCAAUUUAGACUUUCAACCUUCAGUACCCACGUAAACGCCAGCAUUUCAUGCUUUAGAUGUUGUCAUGGCCAGGGAAACGUUUGCUUUUUCCUCUGCCUCCCUGCGCUCCCUGAGGGUGGAGCAAGAGUUCCAGGACUGGGAGGACACACGAAGGGCAUUGGCUCACAGGAGGGCGAUGACCAGGGCACCUGUAUCCCGGCCCCCCAGGCCCCCUCCCAGACAGCAGCGCCUCCAGGAGGUCCGGGCCCCCCCGCCCCCUGCUCGGUGCCGAGACACGGCCGUCCACAACACCUUCAUGUGUGGGGACAUGAAGGGAGUGCAUGCCGUUCUGAAGGAUCCCACCAUGAUCAACGCUCUGAUGGAGACCGUGCAUGAGGAGAUGGUGUGGGCGCCCGAGAUGGGUAUGUGGACCCUGAGCUCCAAGACGAAACAGACGUCAGCUUUGCGCUUGGCUGCCAGCAGGGGGCAUUACGGCUGCGUGGAGGAGCUGCUGUUCCGUGGGGCGGAGGUGGAUGCCGAUCCCGGUGGCAGUGCUGCCCUUCAUGAUGCCUGUGUAGGAGGCCAUGCGGUCUGUGUACAGCUGCUUCUCUCCCAUGGAGCAAGCCCUGAUCUGCUGUCUGCAGAGGGAAGCGCACCCCUCCACCUCUGCACCUCUGCCCAGUCAUUCCAGUGUGCCGAGCUGCUGUUAACAGGAGGGGCAGAGGCGAACGUGUCCACGUCCGAGUCGAAGCUCACACCCCUCCAUGUGGCAGCCCGGCGGGGCUUGGAGGAGCAUGUGGAGCUCUUCCUGACCUAUGGGGCAGAUGUGCUGGCCAGGAACCGCGAGGGAGAGACGGCGUUGAACGCGGCCUGCUCUGGGGCUGAGAGGCCUGCUGAGGCGGGCCGCUACCUCCGCGUGGUCCAGAUGCUUCUGGAAGCCGGCGCCGAUCCCCGCACAGCAGGACGGAAGCGGCACACACCCCUGCACAACGCUUGUGCCAACUGCAACCACCGCAUCGCGGACAUUCUCCUGCAGCACGGGGCUGUUGCUGAAGUAGAGAACUGCGCGGGCUACACGCCCAUGGACUGCCUGCUGCAGGUUGUGGAGGACUAUCCAGAUCAGCAGCCUGAGGCAAUACUCCGUUCCCUCCUAAACCACGGGGCUCAAAAUGCUUCUCCCAAGAUGCUGAAGCUGUGUGUCCUCUCCCCGUCCACACUGGAGGUAAUGCUCAAUUCUUACGCUGUCGUCCCUGCCUAUGAAGAGUGGAUGGACUCGGUCCCUGUUGAGAUCCAUAUGGAGCACCAGUCUUUCUUUGACUCUGUGAAGCAGAUGAGCGGGAAUCCUCGGUCCCUGCAGCACCUGUGCCGCUGUGCCCUCCGUCAGCACCUGGGAGUUUCAUGCCACUCAGCUAUCAAUACACUGGACAUUCCUAGCUCUGUGAAGGACUACCUACUCCUUCACAAUUGUGGUGAGCUCAGCUGAGAACAGUGAAGCCCAUGGGAUAGCCUUUCGGAUUGUCAUGUGGAAGUGAAGAGGAUAGGCCUGUACUGUCACAACAGGGCAUGUUGUUAGGCCCGAGCUUGUGCGUUUUCUGAAUUUACCAAUAAACUUCAUGUUACAGUU